AUGAAAUACGGUGCUGCGCUAUAAAUAGCAGUGGUUGUGGAUAUAAUUUUUAUAUUAAUCAUUGUACUGAAAGUUUGAGUUCUAACCUCCAUUUCCUCUAAAAUUUAGCCUACAUUUUCGUUUAAUCCAUUGAAAUUUCUCUUUGUCAGCUUCGAUUUUCCUCUUCCACCACUUGCAAUUUCGUCUGCUCUUCCAUAUAAACAAACUUGUGCUCUAUCUUCAUUUUUGUUUUUGCAUUUUAAGAUAUCUUGAGAGAAUUUAGAAAAAAAAUGUGUGGAAUACUAGCAGUUUUGGGUUGUUCUGAUGAUUCACAAGCGAAAAGAGUUCGAGUCUUAGAGCUUUCACGAAGAUUGAAGCACCGAGGACCUGACUGGAGCGGGAUGUACCAACAUGGAGACUGCUUUUUGUCUCAUCAACGUCUUGCAAUCGUUGAUCCAGCUUCGGGUGAUCAGCCUCUUUACAAUGAAGACAAAGCCAUUGUUGUCACUGUGAAUGGAGAGAUAUACAACCAUGAAGAGUUAAGGAAGGGUUUGCCGAAUCAUCGUUUCCGUACUGGAAGUGACUGCGACGUCAUAGCUCAUCUGUAUGAGGAACAUGGAGAAGAUUUUGUGGACAUGUUGGAUGGGAUGUUUUCAUUUGUAUUGUUGGACACCCGUGACAACAGUUUCAUUGUUGCAAGAGAUGCAAUUGGGAUCACCUCCCUUUAUAUUGGUUGGGGACUAGAUGGUUCGAUAUGGAUUGCAUCAGAAAUGAAAGGACUGAAUGACGAUUGUGAACAUUUCGAGUACUUUCCUCCUGGUCACUUGUACUCAAGCAAACAAGGCGGUUUCCGAAGAUGGUAUAACCCAAAGUGGAUGUCAGAAACUAUUCCCUCUACUCCAUAUGAUCCGUUGGUUCUCAGACGUGCUUUCGAAGAUGCUGUCAUUAAGAGGCUAAUGACCGAUGUACCUUUCGGAGUUCUGCUGUCGGGUGGAUUAGACUCAUCGUUAGUUGCAUCCAUCACUGCUCGCCACUUGACCGCUACAAAAGCAGGAAAGCAAUGGGGACCUCAACUUCAUUCCUUUUGCGUCGGCCUUGAGGGCUCGCCAGAUUUGAAGGCAGCAAGAGAGGUUGCAGAUUAUCUGGGUACCAUUCACCAUGAAUUUCAUUUUACAGUUCAGGAUGGAAUCGAUGCGAUUGAAGACGUUAUAUACCAUGUUGAAACAUAUGAUGUGACUACGAUAAGAGCAAGCACUCCUAUGUUUCUUUUGUCUCGCAAGAUCAAGUCACUAGGAGUGAAAAUGGUGAUAUCUGGAGAAGGUUCCGACGAGAUAUUCGGUGGGUACUUGUAUUUUCACAAGGCACCAAACAAAGAAGAGUUCCACCGUGAAACAUGUCGUAAGAUUAAUGCUCUCCAUCAGUAUGAUUGUUUGAGAGCUAAUAAAUCAACUUCUGCUUGGGGUUUGGAGGCUCGGGUUCCAUUUUUGGAUAAAGAAUUUAUCAAUGUAGCAAUGGAUAUUGACCCUGAGUGGAAAAUGAUCGAUAAGAGUCAGGGGCGCAUUGAGAAAUGGAUUCUCAGAAGGGCAUUCGAUGAUGAAGAGCGUCCUUACCUUCCAAAGCACAUUCUCUACAGGCAGAAAGAACAGUUCAGUGAUGGUGUUGGCUACAGCUGGAUUGAUGGGCUUAAAGCACAUGCUGCAGAAAAUGUGACGGACAAAAUGAUGCUUCAGGCAGCGCACAUUUACCCUCAUAAUACGCCCACAAGUAAAGAGGCUUACUACUAUAGAAUGAUCUUCGAGAGACUCUUCCCACAGAACUCAGCUACAUUAACAGUUCCAGGAGGUGCAAGCAUAGCCUGCAGCACAGCCAAAGCCAUUGAAUGGGACUCUAAUUGGUCAAACAAUCCCGACCCCUCUGGCCGAGCUGCCUUAGGUGUUCAUGUUUUGGCGUACGAUCCAAAAUUGCCUGGUCCUAUUCCUGUUUCAAUAUCCCCAGCCAAGAUCAUGACUGGCGUUCAGAGGAUGGUCGAACUGGAUGUUCCUAGUGUUGCCAUUCAAACCUAAGAUUUCCGAUAUACAUAUUUCUAAGGUAGGGGUGUGCAGUUUUAGAGUGUCGUAUGUACUUAACUACCAUUAGGAAUUUCAGAGAGUGAGGUUAGUGAAAGUGUGUGUUAUAUUAUUUUCUUGAUUACAAGUAUGAGAAGAACAGUUGGUUCCAUGUAUCCGGCACGCCCGGUAAACACCAGUGUAUGCAGUCUGUGUGGCCUCUUGGCUUUGCUUUU